CAUUAUGUAAACUGCACCGAUUUGUAUUACAAUAAAACAUGAUACAGAUACAUCUAACGUAGCUUACAUUCUAAAGACCUCGAAUGAAAGUGAAAGUGUGCACGCGUUAAUUCAAACGGUCACUUAUACAGCUCAUUGGAGAGUUAAAACCUCGUGUAAUUUCAAGCUUGGAAUUGCAUACUAUUCUAAAGGGUAUCUUUAUAUUGUUUCCAGGUUGGAAUUAUGGAGCACAGUGAACCAGAUUAUUCUUCUACUCAUGACAUGGGGCAUAUGAAUCAUGACAUGGGGCAUGCAAAUCAUGGUGCCCAUCAUCAUGAUAUGGAUAUGCACGACUCUCACAAUACAGACAACAUUAUGAAUGAUAUAUUUAACUCAAGUAAAGAUAUUAAGCUUAUUCAAGGCAGUGAUAUGUUGAAAUCACAUGAUCACCACAAACAACAUAGUGGGCACAUGAUGUCAAUGACUUUUCAUGGUGGGUUUGUCGAGACAAUUCUUUUCUCAUGGUGGAAUGUAACAAAAGUAGAACAAUUUAUUGGUUCCUUUUUUGCAAUAUUCAUCUUGGCUGUACUUUAUGAAGGUCUGAAGUACUAUAGAAAACAUUUACUAUGGAAAACAUAUGCAGGCCUUCAAUAUUGUGCAGUGGCACCACCAGACAAGGGCGUUGCAAACAUUUGUGCGCAAGAUGAACCUCAAGUAAUUCAACCCAUACCACACACACUAGAAAGAAAUGUGCCUAGAAUGAUGAGUGUGGCACACGGAUGGCAGACAGUGCUUCACGGUGUGCAAGUGUUAGUGAGCUAUAUGUUAAUGCUGGUGUUUAUGACAUAUAACACUUGGCUGUGUGCUGCUGUAGUGCUCGGAUCUGCGACUGGUUACUUCCUCUUCGGCUGGCGUGAAUCAGUGGUAGUAGACUUCACUGAACACUGUCACUGACAAAUGGUUCCAAGACGUUCAGAAUUAGUAUUAAUGUACUGCUCCAAUUUAUAACCUCGCCUAUAGAAAGGAAUACAAAAUGGUUAUCUAUAUCUAUGUGUUAUAAUUGCUUAUUUUAAGACAGCCUUAUUGGGUGACAAUAUUUAUACCAGUUAUUAUUGUGUACUGUAAGGUAGCUCAUUAGAAGAAAUACAACUGCUUUGAAAUGUAA